AAUCUCAUUGGCUGAUUCAGAAAUGGAACAAUCAUUUGAAUUCUGGAAACUCAACGACUGAAGACACACAUUUCGGCCAAGAAGACUCAAGGUCACUACACAGUCAAGAAUUCGGACAAAGUCUGAAUACAAGGAGAGAAUAAAGACUCGAGAACCGUAACAAUGUCCUUAUCAGAUUACGUGAGAAUUGAAAAGGUUGGAGAAGGUACGUAUGGUGUUGUUUAUAAGGCAAAGGAAAAAGCAACUAACAAAUUGGUAGCUCUAAAGAAAAUACGACUCGACAAUGAAGAUGAGGGAGUCCCAAGUACGGCUGUCAGAGAAAUUUCUUUGUUGAAAGAGCUUUCCAAACAUCCCAACGUUGUACAACUUAUUAAAGUCAUAUUUGAUGAUUCACGCCUUUACCUCUGCUUUGAAUACCUGCUGAUGGACUUGAAGAAAUAUUUUGAUACAGUCAAAGGACCAAUUGAUAAAAUGUUAAUUAAAAGCUACCUGUACCAAAUAUGUUCUGGUAUAGAAUAUUGCCAUGCAAGGAGAAUCAUUCAUAGGGACUUGAAACCACAGAAUCUAUUAAUAGAUGAGAAUGGCCUCAUUAAAUUGGCAGAUUUUGGCCUUGGGCGUGCAGUUGGUGUUCCCAUCAGGGCAUACACACAUGAAGUUGUUACAUUAUGGUAUCGUUGCCCAGAAGUAUUACUUGGGAGCAAAAGAUAUGCUUGUGGAAUUGACACCUGGAGUAUUGGAACCAUUUUUGCAGAAAUGGUCACUAAAAAGCCCAUUUUCCAAGGAGACUCUGAAAUUGAUGAAUUGUUUAAAAUUUUCAAUAUUCUAGGUACAGCAACGAAUAGUAAUUGGGAAGGAGUUGAGUCAUUACCAGCUUACAAAAAGGAAUUCCCAAAAUGGAGUAGAAAGGAUCUUUCAAAAGCAGUACCAGGUUUAGAAAGAGCAGGAAUUGACUUGUUGGAGAAAUUCCUUAUCUACAAUCCACAAGAAAGGAUAUCAGCAAGAAAGGCUUUGAAUCAUCCAUACUUCUUUGAUCUGGACAAGAGUGCACUACCACAGGCUCCUGCAGAAGAUGAUCUUUAAUUUCAUCCAAAAAGUGGACAUUGAUGGAACACCAAAGGAAAUGUAAAAAGCUGACUUUGCACAUUUGUUGUGCUCUUUUCUUUUUUUGCAACUGAUGCUCCUUUUUUACCUUACACCUUUUAACAUUCUUUUAAGUAGAAUUAUUAAAAGGGUUGUGAUUUAGGAGUUCACAAGGGACUUCCAUUGCAUAACCUUGUUGUAAACUGAUAAUUGGGGGGUUUACUUUAAGCAUAAUGCCCUUGUCUUCAACAACUAUUUCUUUGAUUGAGUUGAGAAUGAACCACGCUGUGGGGUAGUUUGGCGUCACUGUCUUCAUUGAAUAUUAUUUGUUUUCUUUCUCAUACUGGAGCAGUGGAUUCCAAUGAGCUCUUGGUAUAGCAAGGUGUAUUUUUUUUGUUCCCUCCAAAGAUUUUAGUCCUUGAUUCCACUGUAAACUGUAUCUAAUGGAAUCAUUCCAUCAUCAGUCAUUGUAAAUUACUUAAUGAAUUUUUCCAAGUUUUAAUGAACAUGUACAUAUGGUAAGAAAAAUAAGUUGCUUAAAUCCAAUUAUACUUUGUGUAUUUUUGGAAGUAGUUGUACUUGAAAUAGAGUGAAGAGAUUUUUUGUUUGA